AUGCAGAUAAAAACAAAAUUAUUGAAAACAUUGAUUUUGGGGGCUCCAGCAUCAGGAAAAGGCACAAUAUCGUCUCGAUUAGUAAAAAGGUAUGGGCUUGAACAUGUUUCAAGUGGAGACAAGUUAAGGGACCACAUAGAAAAGCAAACAGAUCUUGGCAAAAAAGUUAAAAGUUACUUAAAUGAAGGUAAGCUGGUACCGGAUGAUGUAAUGAUAAAUUUUAUGGUAAUGGAAUUGAAACGAGUAGAGAAUAAACCAUGGUUAUUAGAUGGUUUUCCUAGGACAGUAACACAGGCUGAUGCCCUGUGGAAAGUUAAACCUGUUGACAUUGUACUUAACCUUGUAGUUCCAUUUGAAGUUAUAAUAGACAGAGUCAAAAACCGAUGGGUGCAUUUACCAUCUGGAAGGGUGUAUAAUAUAGGUUUUAACACACCUAAAGUGAUGGGAAAAGAUGAUGAGACUGGAGAAGCUUUAAUGCAGAGGCCAGAUGAUAAGCCAGAGGCUGUAAAGAAACGCUUAGAGAUUUAUGAAAGUAUGACAAAACCAGUCAUUGAUUUUUAUAAAGGAAAGGGUAUUAUUAAACACUUCGAAGGCAGAACAUCUGAUGAAAUAUGGCCUAAAAUUACUGACUAUAUGGACAAUUUGUUGAAAAAAACAUAA